AGACUCGACAGGGACAGGAUGGAUCGAUGAGAAUACUUGGAAAUAGCCCACAAAGCUGUUGUUGAUGUUGUUGAUUUAUACGAAUUUGAGUAGGGUCAGUUUAAAGUAGAAUUCCUCCUUCAGUACUAUCUCGUCUCCAUCAUCUUCAGUUUUGAUUAUUUUUCCCUAGCAGCCAAGGGCAUUACUCAAGCAAGAAGAUGGGUCCUCCUACUCCGAGCAACCACAACAGAGGCUCCUCGUCUUCUCAUCACAACGACCAGCAACAAGAUGAUGUUAAGGCUCUUGUACAUGUAGCUAAUAAUGUACCUAGUAAUAAGUACAAGUACAUCUUUGGACCACGCUGCGUCCUUGAUGAAAUGUAUGGACCACGAGGAGUAUCCACCUCGUCAGGGAAAAGGAGGACCCCAUACUUUUCAAGGAUGCAGUUGAAAGAUGAAGUACGGACAGCGCUAAGGCUGCAGAACAACCCUCGCGAACCUGUGGCCGUUGUCGACAGCGUGUCCCAACCACGACAUCCUCCUUGACUCAAGCCGGCUGUAUGGACGCCUACACUGAGCGAUUUACCUGUGCUCAAUGUCUUGACUACCCCCCAGGAGACGGUAUACCUUUGGAGAAGCUGAUGCACCCAGAAAAGAGUGGUGGCGGUUUGUUGGCGUCUGUAUGGAACCAGAUCGGUAGACACAGCUACUACCAUUACGAGAUGGAAAAUCUGGAAUACCUGAUACCGAAACCAAGACGGCAGCAGAUCAAGCGGAGUCGAAAAGAGUUCUUUGAGGACAUCGAAAAGGUUUUUGGGACCAGUUCGAAGGGGGCGUCAAAAGAUGCUUUAUUUGAUGUUAAGGCUACCAAGCGAGCAUCCUCAACAUCAUCGAUCCCUGCCUCAUUUUCAAGAGGGAAAUUAUGGAUCCAGGGAUGGUCUCAGGGAUGCACGUUGGUAGCUCUAAUGAUGGUGCAGGAAGAUCAUUGGAUAAGACGCAAGAUUCCGACUCGCCGCAAGAGCCUUUUGUCUCCCUAGAUUGGGCAUUAAUCGAUGCAGAGACGGACAGUGAUAAUGACGACGUUUUCGUUGGUAGGGCUGCUGCUGGGAAUGCCACUGGUGGUGCUUCUUCGAGUAUAACUGCCGAAAGAGGUAGUUGUACAUCAGCUUUUUCUGGUGGAGCUACAACUAGGGAACAAAGGGAUUCCAACAGGGAAGAUCGAGGAGAGCAGCGACGUGAUAGAACAGCUACUGCUACUGGUUCUUCAACUUCAAGUUCAAAGCUCCGUAUGGACGGUGGUGCACCAGACGACAGAGAUCGUUCUAGAUCCAGAUCACGUUCUAGAAAAAGGGAUGAUCAUAGACGAGGACAUCGAAGAAGCGAGGGUUCCGCGGUCUCUAGAAGUCGCUCUACCUCAUCAUCGUCUUCAAGAAGCAGUAGGAGUAGAAGCGGGAGAAGUAGAAGUACUGGAAGAAGUGGGCGUGGCGGAGGCGAAAAUAAGGACCACGUCCUCGAUAAAGAAACUCUAGCCGAGAGUAUCAAAAAAAGGAUGAUGGAGAGGGAUCAAGCGGAACGAGCCAAAAGCCUAGGGCGUGGCGUAGACCCAAAUGGUGGCAUGCCAACGCCUUCGUCUAGAUUCGCAGGUCCUUCAGGUCCUAGUAUUGGAGGUUCUAUAGGUCCACAUUCUCUUCCUCCGCCGACGGAAAUAUGUCAUAGAUGCGGUCAGCCUGGACAUUACGUCCGAGACUGUCCAAUCAAAGCGACUUGUCAUCGAUGCGGAGAGCCUGGCCAUUUUGCGCGAGAGUGUCCGUAUAAGAAUUUGGAAGCAGGGUCUGCGCCGCCCUUUGGUGGAGGUGCGAGCGGGCCGCCAGGAGGAGCUUUUAUGAUUUGGAUUGGUUUCUUAAAUCCCGAGAAAAACGUAGACAAUAUUAACCAAAACCAGCUUCCAAACUCAAUUCAACUAAAUAUAAGUUGAAGUUCUUUUUCACAAAAGAUCGCUUAUGAUCUAUUCAAAGGUAAAGUACAACUUCAAACUACUAUUUCCUUCCUACACCUUCUGUUGAAUGGUUCCGGUAUUUGGUACAGCCUGAUCUUGAUCAUAAGGGAAAACAAGAUGGGAAUCCUUGUGAUCCAAUUCAGGUUACCAAAUACCGGAACCAUUCAUAGAAGCACUGGCUAAGACAUAGAUUCCAACAAUAAGGAGCUCUUCUAUUUAGAAGGUACAACAUGACUGAACGACGUCAUAUUAUCCACUUGACCACGUGGUAAACGAGGGCACAUGACAUGACAUAAGGAGCACAAGAUAGCUCAUCUACUUACUCACAAUUUCAAACUACUCGUCUCUAAAGCUGCCUCAUCCACCACUGCCUUGUUCGACAUUGACAAUUUCCGCGCUCAGCGUUCUUCCCAGCACCAUCGCUUCAUGCGACAACGCGAUGCGGAACGAUCUUGUCAUGGCGACAGGCGAUUGUGCAACCUCUGCGGCAUGCCUGGUCACAUAGCGAAGGAGUGUAGCUCGCAAUGGCCGAGAUAG